AUGAUGCUACAGGAAAGUUUUUUGGGUGGAGAGUCUAUCACUAACUCAAAGAAGGCGCUAGCUCAGGCGCAAAAAUUGUUACAACUUGCUACAGUCAGACCGAGUGCAUUGGCACUACGUGAAUAUCGCGAGACACUUGAGGAAUGUCUACAACCAGAGGGCAAUGUAGCAUUAAGAAUCGUCGGAUUUCAACUCGCUCAACUUGCUCCUGGGUGCAUCACACACGAAGUCUGGAAAUUUAUAUUGGAAGCAGUUGUAACAGAGCUUGGUAGCACUGAUAACAAAUCGACUUUGGCAGCUGCAAUCCCAGUGUUUCAAAAAAUCCCGAUGCCUCUUGUGCUAGGAUUUUUGCUAUCAUCCGAAAAAGAACCCAUGAAUAAAUUGCGAUCAAUUUUGACUCACAACGACCGUGAUAUUUGUUCCCGCGCGAUUGAGACGCUAUCACAUUUAAUGUCAGAUGUUGCCGUCAAUGUCGCUGAAGAUGGACUAUUUGUUUUUCCAUUUGAGUCGCACGAGGCACGAAUUUGCUGCCAACAAGAUCUCGAGACAAUUGUCAACGAUACAUGGAAGCUUAUUUUUCAAACACUCUUCGAUGAGUCACCGUGCAAAAGUGCUUUGUCAGCUGCAGGUGCCGCUUUUUCCGCCUUAAUGAACUUGUUUGCACGUUCGAGUACAAUAGCUCCAUUUUUUAUCUAUGUAAACGAAUCGAUCCGUGUUCAAGCACCACUGAACGAUGUGGUUUCUAUGAUCUACAGGCAAGCCUCAUUACGAAUUCGAGCCGUAAUCACGGUAGCCCGUAGUCUUCCCGUAAAGCAGCAGCCAGAUGCAAUGCUUUGGAUUGCGAUGCUUUUGUACACAAUGAUGGAGCGCAGCGGUGCGAGGUGUCCAAGUGUGAGUGUUCCUUACGUUGAAAUUGACACCGAGACUCUUAAAGCUGAAGAUGCAGACGACGACGACGAGCCUCAUGCUUCCACAGAAUAUGUACGAGUUGAUGAUAUAGUGAUUGAGUUUCUCGAGUCGUGGGUAUUUCCAACAAUAUCAAGACAAGCGUCGCUCGCACAGGCUACGAAUAUGUGUCGCGCUAUCUUCAUUCUAUUAACGCAUCCUUUGCAGACAUUUUCUCGGAUGCGCUGGGCAGCUCAACUCGCAAAUCAUCUCAUUGCACAAUGCUAUUUUGCUGACAAAAGUAGUGGUGAUAACAGCAAAGAAUCAAGUAAAAAGCAAAAGGUUGAGCUUGGUGUGAUGUUAGUGAUAAAUUCUGCCUGGUUGUCUGGCGUCAACUGCUUGGAUCUCUUCGUUUGUACAGUUGAAGCACUCUAUCUUUUGGAUCAAGAACAAGAUCAACGUGAUUUGAUCCAGACUCUUAUGAACACGAUUACUGAUCAUGUUCUAUCUAAUCAAAAUUACCAAUUGCUCCAGAGUCUAUGCAGCAUGGCAAUUUUUAGACAGUCGAAAGGGUUCUCCCGCUUAUCACCACAAACAAAUGGUUCCGAAGUAUUUCAAGCUCUUUUUCAAGCUCUAUAUAAGACGCCUAAGUCUCCGUCUAGAGCUGCCGAGCAUCAAAUAUCACAGCUUAUCGCUUUAAAAAUGUUUCGAGGGUUAUUGUUGGUACAUUUAAACGAUGCAUUUAUAGCCUCGCCUAAGGCACAUCAACGAUCUAGUGAGAUCGCAGAGAACAUUGAAUAUUAUAUUGGCUUGCUUGCCUCCCACUUUCAAGGUAUAAUUGACAGACCUGAGCUUGCGCUUCGUGAGUCCCUUGAAUUUUUUCAAAAAGAAGUAUUCCCAACAAUGGAGAAAAUUGCUUCUUGUGGUGGCCGCUAUCAAAUACUUUGGAUUGCAGUUCAACUUCAUCAAAAUUACGCAUCUCACGUACCAUUUGACGCGCUUGUGCGAAAACUUACGUGUGAGACUGGUCGGCUUUUUUCUGCAAUGUGUGAUGACGAUGAGACGGAAGGAGCGACAUUUGACAGUGGUUUGUUGGGUGGUGACGAAGGACCUACCGGUCAAAAACACGCAGAUGACGUAAAGAAGGUUGAAGCUCUGAUGGUGAUUGGAGAUUGUAUUAUGCUUCUGGCACAAAUGUAUCCCCAGACGCGAUCACAGUUUCAUCAAAUGUGCGAGAACAUGGGUGCCGCGCUCUUGGUAUCAAAAAGUCCCUCUGUUUUAAUAUCACAGCAGUAUCGAAUUCUUGAAGAUGUCAUGUCUUUCCUCUCGAAUUGUUCGACAGUAGAUACAGCAACAAGGCCUGCCUUUAAAGUUUCAAAGGAAUUAUUUGAUCCACGGGGAACAUUCCUACCACGUAGGGACUUAUGCUGUUCUAAUGUCUCUGUGAACGAAGAAUAUCGAGAACUUGUUACUGUGACGGGUUGCGCUGACCCGGUGUCCGUCCAAGUAUCCCAUCACCAGCUGCAUUUGGACGAGGAAGAAGUUGUUACACUUGUUGUCACCUGCUGCAAUCUCACAACUUGGGCAUUGAGUGAUUUAGAACUUCUCUUCCGUCCUAUUGGAGGCGUUCGAGUCGUUCAAUGUGUGACUUCUCCAUGCAAUCUCAAGCUUCGGUUGCUCUGCGCAGGAGAAACAAUUAGCGUUAGUGGAGGAUGUACCGUCUUACCACCCUUCGGUGUGAUCAAGGCGCAAAAGCAAUUUCGGGUUUGUAAGUUCACACAGGCUACGUUUCUGAUCCAAGUAGUGCUUUUUCAAGAACCAAACCAAGAUGGAGGUGCUACGGGAGAUGUUGGUACUACAGAGAAUUCGCCAACGCCACUUCAUCUCGCCUUCAGUAAUCCGUAUGUACUGCAUUUUGACACGCUACUUCGACAGCCACAGUCUCAAUUUGCAACUGCAUCAUUUUUCCGACAUUGUUGGCAGAGUGCUGACUCGAGUGCUGUGUGGCAAGUUGAUGCCCUGGAAGCAAAAGGAGAGAAAAUUGGGAUUUAUCAGCACGCGCUUCAUGUCAUGAAUUCCAAACUUGCUGCUGUGUCUGAACUAACAUUUGAACUACCGAUGCAAUUCAACAUUGCAAUGCUUACUCAGACGCGAUGGGGUUCUUAUAUCAGUGCAUCAUUAUCAAUGUCUCUCGAUUCUGACUUAAGCUGGUCCGGUAAUCUUGAGCUCAGAUCAACGCUUGACAUUAUUUGCGAGUUUCAAAAGUGGCCAAACGAUUCAAUUCAUCUCUUUUGUGGAAACCAAGUAAAUCUCAAAAACACAUUAGCUACUACUUGUGAAAGUGUACAGCCAUCCAAUUUAUUCCACGACGCUGUUAGUAAUUCGAGACCAUUGAUCGAACCAUCAUCGGAGUCCAAAAGUACAGAAUCCAAUUCAUUGUCUGCUUUAGAAACUUUUGCAAACGAAAAUCCAGCGACAGUAGAGAUAGAACCAACUGCAACGAGUGUCAUUCCGUCUUUUUCGUCAGAUUGGCAAUUUACUACGAGCUUUGACAAAGACAUGAAUAUACCACUUGACCAAGUGAUUACAUCUUCGCACAGCAACCACCUCCUUGAACAGAUGCGAAGCCCAGAGACGACCGAUAAUAGCCGUAGAACCUUAGGUGUCGAUGAUGCGGAGGAAGAGCAGGUGUACCGUCCCUUAUUGUUUAACUCUACAGGCUACGCAUCUUCUGAUCUUCAUCUUGACUCAUUUGAAAUGCAUUCGCGGCUACCAACUGUAUCGUCGAGCAUCCCUCUGUCCGACGUAAGGACGACCACCGGCGUUAAGGAGAAUCAGAGACGACGAGAUACGAUUGAACCAAAACUCCGAUUGGAAACUCUGUCUUCGCAAGCUGCAACGGUAGUUCUAUCGGUUACGUAUCUUUCAUUCUUUUUAGCAAUGAUGCUACCUUAUCUUCAGAGCAAUGGAUACAUGGAGAGAGUGGUAGAGCUGUCAGGUGCAGUGUGCAAAAGUGACGUAUGGGGAAUACCAUGCAUUGAAAUAAAUAGGAAGCGAAAUGUUGCAGAGUGGGCAGCAUAUGUGACAAAUGUAUCACGGUAUACAGGAUCUAUAGAGCUAAAGCUUGAUGUUCGGUCGCUGGUGAAUAAUUCCACGUUGACAAAGCUGCUUAAAAAUGAAAGCGAAAUGAAACAGGCUUUGAAACUUGUUGAGACUGUGUGGGAUCUACAUCCGAACUAUCCUCAGGUGAAUAAUAUCGAUAGGAGUAAAGGAUCAAAAGACUUCGUUGCUGAAGGCACAAGAUAUAUCCUGACUUAUGAUACCAAAUUAUUUGGAAUGGAUGAAGAAGUUGUACCUGCCACAAAGGAUCUCAUUCUCGAUAAACAAAAUCAAAGUGUGUGGGUCGAGUGUCAAGUCGAAAUGCGAUGUGACAAAGUUCAACUUUUAGAGAUUACACAAGACGUGGAUCGAACGGGCGUCAUGGGUUACAACGCUUAUUAUGCUACCGUGACAUUUCAAGGAUUGUAUCCGAACAUUUUUGGCAAAGACGUGGUCUAUGACUUUACAUACAAGAAACCAGCUAUUCAUAUUGGCGAAGUUAUUGUUCGUGGCGUUCUGGUGCUGAUAUCGAUCGUGGCAUUCCCUUGCUGGUUUAUAUCAGUGUUGAAUUUCCACGAUGGAUUGUGGAGCAAAGUUCUUUUAGUACAAAAGUGGGUGAUUGCUUUUGGUGUUGUGCUCUUGCUGUGGCAAAACCCAGCAUACGCAAUAUCGGAACUCUACACUACUCCAAGCCUGCGCGCACGAUGGGCCUCAAUCACCUGUCAGUCACUGGCGGAAGUUUCUUUUUACGUAAUUUGGUUGAGUUUGGUAGAUCAGUACUGCGGAGAACUUUUAUCUUGGAGAAAGUUUUUUGCUACAAAAUUUCUUUUCGGAUUGGUACUUCUGAGCGUGGACACGUGGAUGACUGAGCUACGAAUGACUGGAUUGUUUCCCAGAGUGAAAAACACGUUCACUACCUCUCAAACUCAUUUUGAUGAACUUUACACAGUGCUCGGUUUUACUCGUAUGGGAUUAGUUCUAUUGUGGCUCGUAAGAAUCGUAAAAGCUGGUGCGAAAGCAGGCAAGCAUUUGAAAACAUUACCGUACAUGGCAACGCGCUAUAAGCAACUUUCAUAUCGCUUUGUUGUACUCCUGACGCUUCUUAUUUUCGUCUAUAUCUUGGCCCUGUCAGCUCUCCAAACAUUUCAUUUGAUUCAAACGUGGUACUUCGUUGGCUGCGAUGCAUUUACUAAAGCUUCAGUGCAUACUUUUGCUAAGAUGCACACUGGUUACCCACCGUUGGGUCAAAUUCUCUUCUUGUCGUUGUAUGUGUACUUGGUCAUGUUUGUCCAUCUCCCACCUCUUGCAGGAGAUAAAACGGGGUUUUUGGCAUCUACAGCAUUUCAUGUCCAUGAAAAAUCAAAUGCCAACUCUUUUGAUUUAUUUUCCUCCAGUUCAAAUCUAUUCUGUGUGGAAACGGCUGGGUGGUUAUUGGAAUUGGCCUAUCAAGCUUACUUUGAUCCUCCUGGAUGUCCAUCAUUGUCUGGAUACGGGGAACUUGCACUUGAGCAACAUGGUUUUGAGCUUAUUACUCAUCUUCGGAGCCGCGUCACCGAUACACACGCCGUUGUCGCAUGGAGUCAGGAGGACCAUCGACGUUUGGUUAUUUCUUUUCGAGGUACAACUAGUAAAGAAAACUGGAGGAGCAAUUUGCGAGCUGACCAAACGGUACUUUGGAUCAAAUCUCGAGAUCUGCGCUGGCAAAGAUCAUGUCUCGAUAAAAUGAAAGAUGUUGCCGCUAAGGUUCCGUUGCUGAACAUGGCGCUACCGCGGGUGCACCGAGGAUUUUGGAUCGCAUACGAGUCUAUUCGAGAUGAACUAAAGGAGGCGACACGGCUCAUACUAGAUGAAAAUCCUGGUAUCACGAUAUACAUUACCGGCCACAGCAUGGGUGGAGCACUUGCGGUAUUAGCCGCGUACGACCUUGCUGUAAAUUUCAGCAUCCAAGUUACCAUGUACAACUUUGGCGGACCUCGUGUAGGCAAUCCAAGCUUUCGUCAGCAUUUUGACAGCUGCGUUCCCACGAGUUACCGAGUUGUCAUGGACGGAGACAUUGUUCCAGGGUGGCCAAGAUUUUGGGGACUUUAUCAGCACGUGGGGACCGAAGUUUCGAUUGAUAUUGCGGGAAACUUGAUCGUUGAUCCAAGUUUUAUAGAGCGGCAUCUUCACAAUACUUCAAGGCGGAAAACUUCGAUGCAUGGCACUAACUCACUUAUCAAGAACGGAUCGCGUAUUGCAACCCAAUCGCUCCGCGCUAGCGCUCGCAGCAUGUCAAGCGCCACAGAGCAAGAAGCGAAAGAACAGAUGCACCGAUGGACUACAAUUUCUAAAGGCAUGAUUGGCCUGACAGCAGUAUUUACUGUUUAUGCCAUCGGUGAUCACUUAAAUCACCCUCAUCAUCACGAAGAACAUCCGGCGUAUUCGCACCUUAGAAUGCGUAAUAAGCCAUUUCCAUGGCCCGAAUCGGACUGCGACUUGCUGGACUCUGAAUGUCGUCGCAAAUUUCGUGAGGCAAAGAAGGCGAUGGAGUGA